ACACACUCUCCUCUUCUCGCGCUCGCCAGAACGCGCAUCCCCCACACAAACUCCUCCCCCAACAGAACUGUUUCGCCGUGUUGAAAUCGAAUACUUUAAAAAUACACCCUUCCUUCUUUCCUUGGCGCGAUCAAACGAUUUCCACUCAAAGUAGUGUUUAUAUCUCUCCGGGGCUGCAGUUGGAUACUGUAGUCAUUGUACAGUGUUUGUAAUAUGGCAAGCCAACCACUGAAAGAAAACCGGAUCUAAAACUAAAAUGUUUCUUCAUAUUUUGAUGAAUGCGCAGCUGUGUGGUUUUGCUUUGUCUAGCCACAGGCAGGCAGCAACUCAAAUUUAAUCACAAGACAGCCUUUGUGUAUUUUGCUCUUUCCUCCUGAGUCCUGCACAAGUCACGAGUUCCUGACGAAGGGAGUAACAAACCGACGAUAGACCAAAUCAAACUAACCUUUACCACUGCUGUGUAACAUGGUAUAUAGGUGAACGUGUUUCUUCUGAAUAUUAGGUCGUGAAAAUGCUUUCAUUUGAGGAAAUAAAAUCUUCUUUAGAUCAUGCAGGACAGUCUCACGUCCUGCAAUUUUGGUCUGAACUUUCUGGGGAUGACAAAAGCACUUUUCUGGUUGAGUUGUCUCAGUUGGACUUAAAUGAAUUGCGCGAGCACUGUGAACGGGCGGCGGAGUCUGCUAAAACUGAUCAUUCCGCAACAGCCGCGGACCAGCAAAUUGAGCCAGUAUCUUCAGAAUUCAUCGGGAGCAUUCGGAAGAGUGAUCACACAGCCUUAACUGGCUGGGAAAAUGAAGGGUUUUUGCAAAUUUCCCAGAACAGAGUGGCUGUGCUGCUGUUGGCUGGUGGCCAGGGGACCCGUCUUGGUGUUCCAUACCCCAAAGGGAUGUACAAUGUGGGUCUCCCGAGCAGCAAAACUCUGUAUCAAAUCCAGGCAGAGCGCAUCUGCAAAAUACAGGAGCUGACGAAUGCAAAGCAUGGAUCAAAGUGCACAGUACCAUGGUACAUCAUGACCAGUGAGUUUACCCUGGAUCCUACCAAGAAGUUCUUCCAGGAGAAUAAGUACUUUGGUCUGGAUCCCUCUGACGUGGUCAUGUUCGAGCAAAGGAUGAUCCCUGCUGUGACCUUUGAUGGAAAGGUCAUCCUACAGGACAAAGGGAAGAUAGCUAUGGCCCCAGAUGGAAACGGUGGCCUGUACCGAGCUCUGGUGGAUAACAAGGUACUUGAGAACAUGGAAAAGAGGGGUGUGGAGUACCUCCACGUCUACUGUGUAGACAACAUCCUGGUCAAAAUGGCCGACCCCGUCUUCAUUGGUUUCUGCGUGAGCAAAGGAGCAGACUGCGGUGCCAAGGUAGUUGAGAAGGCGUACCCAGCGGAGCCAGUGGGCGUGGUGUGCAAGGUGAAGGGGGUGUACCAGGUGGUGGAGUACAGCGAGCUCCGCCCAGAGACGGCCGAGCAGCGAGACCCAGGAGGAGACCUGGUGUACAGCGCAGGAAACAUCUGCAACCACUUCUUCACACGGCCCUUCCUCAACGAAGUGGCACAGAAGUUUCAGGGCCAGCUGAAGCAGCACGUGGCACUUAAGAAAGUCCCUUUUGUGGACAGAGAAGGAAACCUGGUGAAACCCACCAAGCCCAAUGGGAUCAAAAUGGAGAAGUUUGUUUUUGAUGUCUUUCAGUUUUCAAGGAAAUUUGUGGCAUUUGAGGUUCUGAGAGAGGAAGAAUUCUCGCCAUUGAAAAAUGCUGAUGGGGCACCUCUGGACACUCCUACCACAGCCAGACAAUCCUUACUGGCACAGCACUACCGCUGGGCGGUGGCUGCAGGAGCCAGCUUCCUGGAUGCCCAAGGGAAAUCCCUACCUUCUAGACCCAGGGUGACACGGGAUGAAGACCCACCAGCUGUCUGUGAGAUCUCCCCGCUGGUGUCUUUCUUCGGAGAGGGUUUGGAGCAGCUGCUGGGACAGAAGGUCCUGACGACUCCCUUCCUUCUGGAUGAGAACAGGGCAAAAGAACUCCUCCAGGCCCAGUAGCUAGCUCUACAGUACACUGUUCCCAUCAGAUGGGCUUACCUCUUGAGCAGUUGAGCCUGUUGAUAUGAGAUGCUCAUUCCUUGGCUGAAUUUCAAAAUGGAGCCCUUUGUUGCCCCUAAUGGCAUGUUUCUCAUAACCAGGGUUGGGUAGGUUACUUUAAGUGUAAUCCGUUAUUAGUUACCUGUCCAAAAUUGUAAUCAUUGACAACUUUU